GGACAAGCCACGACGUUUGGCACCGUCUUGAACAAGCCCACGCUAUGAGCGACGACUCGUUCCAUGGCGGGUGGGUCGCGAAUGGCCCCAGUCAGUGUGUGCUUGGACUCAGCCGUCUUAUUAACUUCGCAUCCCCCAGGCGUCCCGAGAGUCUCUCCUACCGCAAGAAGCAGGACUUUGUCAACCCACAUUCUUUUUGCUGAAUAACUUCAUUCUUUCAGGUGUUCAGCAGUCACUCCCUCAUUCGACAUUUUACGAGUCCUCACCUGUCUCUACAAAGAAUCCGGUCAUAUUCAGCCAAAAUGCAGCUCAUUACUGUCCUUUCCGUCGCGGCCUCUAUGGCUGCCACUGCCUCCGCCAGGAGCGCAGUCACCCUCAACUCAGAGUGCGACACCAGCAAGCCUUUGGCCCGUGUUCACAACCGCUGCAACUACGACGUUUACCUGUGGUCUGUUUACAAGGGCGACGGCUGCCCUACCGAUGAGAUGGUCACCCUGAAGUCCGGCGAGACUUACCAGGAGAACUACGCGGACCCCAAGGGUGGAGAUGUUGGUGUCUCUAUCAAGAUUUCUAAGACCCAGGAGUGCAAGGGCAACGACAUCACCCAGCUUGAGUACUUCAUCCAAAAGAACUCUCCCGGCUUCAACUACAACUACCUUGAUGUCUCCUACGUUGACUGCCCUUCCAACGACGCCGACUGCCCGACCAGGCAAGAGGGUUACUACCUCGUUGCUGGCGCUCAGACCGGCGCCGUCAAGGCUUCCGCCGCCAACACCUGGUGUCCGGUCAUGUCCUGCAACGACCCCACCUCUUGCAACAAGAUCUCCUACGUCCUUCCCGAUGACGUGCAGACCAAGACCUGCGAGCCCGACCAGAACAUGGACUUCUACAUGUGCGGUGGUGACGCUCCCGGACAGGAGAGCUCCCCCAGCAGCUCUGCCCCCAAGUCCUCUGCCGCCACCUCCUCCAAGGCCGCUGCUACCAGCGCUGCUGCUUCCUCCAGCGCCGACAGCUACACGACAGAACUCAAGGCCAACAAAGCACAGAAGAUCAAGACCGAGGUCGUUUACGUUACCGCCUACGAGACCAUCAACGCCAAGAGGCACGCUCACGGCCACGCCCGCCGUCACCAGCCCUUCCACGCAUAAAUCUUGCCAGGUUAUCAAUUUGUACAUGAUUAGCUUGUCAGGUGUUGGGGAGACCGUUGUCGCAUAUUCUACGCCAUAAUCCAAAUACCUAUUCGCGAUAUACCCAGAGAGAGGAGAGGGAUGGAAUUGAUAUCAUUCCAAGUAAUGACGAGGCAGACAGCGUCGCAGGCAAUAUAUUCUUUCAUACCCACAUAUCGACGCGCACCCUGCUAUUGCUUGUAUUUGCUUCCACUUCCGCCCCACGACUCCUUCGCCCGACAACCGCAUCGCAACCUGGAGAUGGAUUCUGGCGCUUCUUUUCUCGGUUACAUUCUUAUCUCACGAUGUCACGACAUAUACCAUCUUGGGGUUCUGGUCUUCACUUGGGCUAGCGGGAUCCGUUUCUCCUUUGUUCAAUUCUUC